GCUACCAGGGAGGAUCCAUUAGGGCAGAGUCCAUAAUGGUAGCACCCAUGUUGUUGGUUGCUCCCUCUCUGAGAGAACACACUGGCGCCAGAUGAUAUGCUGCCUCCCCUGGUUGCGUGGAAACUACAAAAAAAAAAAAAAAAAAAGCGAGCGGUGAACUGCUGUGGAACUGCUGUGGAAGCAUCUCAAGCGGCGCGUCUUGGCUCUCCGAACCAGAACCAGAACCAGCACAAGUUUAAACGAGCCAUGAUGAUGUGAAGAUGAGCCGGAGCGACAGAGCUCUGCAAACGCUCAUCAGUCACCGCGGAGAUUGAUGCAUUCCCAGGGCAUGCCCAUAUCGCAACAUGUCCAUCCUGAUCGACUAUGCGGUGAUGUGUCUGCUGCUGCACAGCCUUGUGCUAAUGACCUUCUGCUUUAACAACGCCGCCACCAGUUGCUCCAAACGCUGCUACUGCUCCGAGGGCGAAGGCGGCGGCGGCGGCGGCGGCGGCAAGACCGUGCGCUGCAGCAAUCAGAAGCUCACCGAGAUACCGCAGGACAUCCCCAACGACACACGGAGAGUCUACCUGGACUUUAACCUCCUCACUUCAGUCCCGGCCAACGCUUUUACUGGUUUGAGCCACCUGGUGGAACUGGAUCUGUCGCACAAUGACAUAACCCAGCUGGAGUCCGGAGCAUUUCGAGGUCUGGGUUCCUCGUUGCAGUUCCUUGACCUUUCCGCAAAUAAGUUAGCUCAUUUUAAUCCGGAUUCCUUCGAAGGCUUGCGGGCGCGUGCCAAUUUAACAAACAAUCCCUGGCAUUGUGACUGCAACCUGCAAAUGGCCAUGCCCCGCGUAGACCUGGAACCCGUGUCGCUGACUGGUAUUGUGUGCCAGACUUCAGAUCCGGAGGAAAUGAGCGUUCAGGGACUGGCCUUCCUCUUGGAGCCAGAUGUCGACCUAUGCGUGGUGAUGAAGAGGACUACGGACGUGGCCAUGCUGGUGGUCAUGUUCGGUUGGUUCACCAUGGUCAUCUCCUAUCUGGUCUACUAUGUCAGGGCCAACCAGGAGGACGCCCGCAGGCAUCUGGAGUAUCUCAAGUCGUUGCCCAGCAGGCAAGCAAAGUCGGAGGAGUCUUCCACCAUAAGUACUGUUGUAUAGGAUACUAGUUUUAUAAGAAAAACCACUUAGGUGGUCUACGUACUAGAAAAACUCUCAUUCUUCUGACUGAUGUGUUUUUAUUUUAUUCCGGUUUCUCUUCCAUGCGUAGUGAUUCUCUUUCCAUACUGGCGCUGAUUGGACUUCCUGUUGACACGCAUGUACGCACUGCUUCUUGUAGCUUGGCGGAAUUCAUCUGGCUCAAUCGUAACUGUCCCAGAAGCCGAUAAAAAUAUGAUAAUUUACACCUACAAAGUUGUGGGAAUGAAAAACCAAAUGACUUUAAAAAGACCACAAGUCAGUCGUCUCUUGUUUAUCGUGAUUAAUUGGUUCCAGACUUGACAGCGAUAAAUAUUCAUUCAUGGAAUACUUUCUUAGUUAAGGCAUAGAAAACCUGUUUAUGAUCUUAUAAAUACAGUUUUUAACAUUAUUAGAGCCCCAUAUAGCAGACAUAAUACGAGUAAAUAAGCCAUUUAGUGUGUCACAGCAAUACACUAAAAGCAGACCUUCAUGAUGGGCAGACAGAUGUAUUGCAGACAGGAAGUGAUGUCACAGGUUCAGAGUUUAGUUUUAGCUUGUCAUGGGUUAUAGCCCCAACAUAGCUUGUGUUAUUUUGGAUUAUUAUGUUAUUCGGCUGCACGGUGUACAAGUGGUUAGCACACAGGUCACACAGCUAGAACACCCGAGUUCGAUUCCUCGGCCAUGUCUGUGUGGUUUUUGAAUGUUCUCAAGCGUGGGUUUUCUCCAGGUACUCCGGUUUCCUCCCACAUUCCAAAAACAUGCUAGGUUAAUUAGCCACUCCAAAUUGUCCAUAGGUAUGAAUGUGAGUGUGAAUGGUUGUUUGUCUAUAUGUGCCCUGUGAUUGGCUGGCCACCAGUCCAGGGUGUACCCCGCCUCUCGCCCCAAGACAACUGGGAUAGGCUCCAGCACACCCAAAGACAGCUGGGAUAGGCUCCAGCAACCCCCAAAGACAACUGGAUAGGCUCCGGCAACCCCCAAAGACAGCUGGGAUAGGCUCCGGCAACCCCCAAGACAGCUGGGAUAGGCUCCAGCAACCCCCAAGACAGCUGGGAUAAGCUCCAGCCACCCCCAAGACAGCUGGGAUAGGCUCCAGCAACCCCCAAGACAGCUGGGAUAGGCUCCAGCAACCCCUAAAGACAGCUGGAAUAGGCUCCAGCAACCCCCCAAGACAGCUGGGAUAGGCUCCAGCAACCCCAAAGACAGCUGGGAUAGGCUCCAGCAACCCCAAAGACAGCUGGGAUAGGCUCCAGCCACCCCCAAGACAGCCGGGAUAGGCUCCAGCCACCCCCAAGACAGCCGGGAUAGGCUCCAGCAACCCCCAAGACAGCCGGGAUAGGCUCCAGCAACCCCCAAGACAGCCGGGAUAGGCUCCAGCAACCCCAAACACAGCUGGGAUAGGCUCCAGCACCCUCAGCAAGCGGUAGAAAAUGAAUGAAUGUUAUUAUUGUGCCUUUUGUGACGCAAUUUGAACUUGGACUAAAUGCCUUUUCUUGUCCUUGUUUACUGACUACUGACACCUAGUGGCCAAAGUGGGAAUACAGUACUACAUACUACAGGACUCAACACACUAAGUGGGGGCCAUUUAUUUUUAUUGGCCCUAAGAUUUAACUGGAACAUUUGGUAAAUAAACAGUAGUCAGUUUAGAAGAAAUGACUACAAAUGUAGCAGAAUAGGAAACUUGUUGCUAGGCAGAGUGUUCAAUGUUUCCUCGAUCAUAAUUAGCUUAUAAAUCACUAGGUUGUUUCAAUCACAAAAUGUAGCCCUGGGAAGGAACAGGGAAAGUCAGCCGAGCAAUUAAAGCAUAACGAGACUUUAAUGAGAAUUUCAUAACUGAAUCAUUGCUCCUUGUUACAUAUUCAAAUAUUAUGUACUGUAUUAAAUUGUCUUGCCGUUGGGCGCCGCAGACCGGAAAUACACCAAUCAUCUUAAACCUGCAGCUAUCACUUCCUUGAAAAAUUCAUGAGCUAACAUGGCUAACGUGUUUCCGUGCAUGAAAAAAUAGACAAAUGCAAUGCAUCCUAGAUUAAUUAUUUAUCUCUCGGUGGCCCAUUAGCACUUUUAGAGGGAUGCUUUGCCGGACUGCUUGAUGUGCUAUAAAAGCUGUAGUAUGUUUUGUUUGAACCCGGACCUGACACUGCAAUGGAACAGCGGCAUUGUGCGGCGGCAACAAUGGUGACUUUUCAUUAAAAGGAUAUUUACCUUUAAGAGUGUUUGUGUAUUUGUUUAUGGAGUGAUAAUAAUGCAAGGUGUUAAAGUAAAUAUACUCUGUUCUGUGCCCGUUGCUGUUCUUCUUUAACAUAACAAUAAAAUUGGUAAUAAUGUUCACAGUCAUGC